CCCUCUCUCUGUCAAACAAAUAAAUAAAUCUUAAAAAAAAAAAAAAAAAAAGACAAACAAACUUGGCCUAUGCCCAGGAAGCCAGGAGCGGUAAAGAUGCUCUAACCAGAAGGAGGCGGUCUCAAGGCCCUUCCCUUUUCACUUCUGUCGUGGAGCAUUGCCCCAGGUUGGGCUCUCCUGGGCAAGUCCCUCCUCCCAGCCCCCAGCACCUGGUUCAGGCGACAGGGUCAGUGCGCCCCCUGGUGGGUACUCAGCGGAGAUUCGGCAAAGGCGCUUAGCGGGAACCUGGGUGGAGCCCAGAGCGCUGGCUACUCAGGCGGCUCGGGAGAUAAGGAAGGGUAGCGGCAGAUGGUCGAGUUGUGGGCCACGGGGCCGCCGAGGGUGUGGAUGGCCCUGAGGCGGCGAGUGUGGAUCUCCGCAGUGGAUCCAACAAGGCAUCCAGCGGAGACUCCUCUUCCACAGUGGGAUAUUUUCUGGCCUGGCAGGGAGAGAGGAGGGCGCUUUUACACCACUCCUAGACUCCUGGUAGAUCCCCAUAACCCGCCACACUCCCAGGCUCACAUGAGGAUUCCCAACCUAUAUCUGCCCCAACCUUCAUGUACCCGCCGCUGGAGCGCCAGAUUCAGCGACUGUGUGUGGCCUGGCUCACAGGACCAAGUUCCUUUCCCCGUGAGUACCUGAAUUACACUUUGGGAAACGCUACGGGCUGGACCUUUGGAGCCUUGUUCACCCCUUUCACGUAUGUUAUUUCCAAUUAAUUAAUUAACGAUUAACGAUUUAUGAACCCUAGUAGCUAGGUUAGGAUGGGGGACACUGCUCAAUGAAAUCGAGAAAUCUCAAACUACUGUGGCGACCCCUACUACAGGGGGAGAUGCCUUGAGAGAAAAUGCAGGACAUGGGAUGGGUUGGAGAGGAGGAAAGAGCUCAGAUGAGACUCCCAGAGGAAAAAGACCUGUAGCCCCAGGGAAGGGUACUGAAAUAUCCAAAGGCUCAUGAUGCAAAGCAAAGCACUUUGACAACCAAUCAUUCAUUCAUUCAUUGUCUUGAGCAAGUACUACAAGCCAGGCAAUGUGGUAAGCACUGGGGAUGAGCCUGUCCUCCAGGGCCUGAGUUCCCAGUGGAUGUGGUGUAGGGAGACAAUAAAGGAUUUACUGUGUUAGAAGUUACUUGGGGGGGGGGGGAGGAGUGAGGGUUGUUUAGUAUUAAUAUGUGUGAUCUGGGAGGAUCCAUCUGAAGAUGAGUAAAGGAGCUCAGCAAAGCAGGGGCCCUAAUGUUAAAGAAUUUAGUUUUUUAAGAGUCCAAUCAUCGGGAACUGUCAUGCCCCACGCUGCCAGGAUGGCUAGGGGUGCCACACUGGAGAGGUCACCUCAAAAAAGGUGGCUUCCGUGAACACCUGACCUCGAGACCCACGCUGAAGGAAGAACAGGGAAGGGCCUAGUGUGAAGGUCUAGAGGUUCAAUGGUUGAGGGCUCCCGGAAGGUUGAGACCAAGAUCGAGUUAGCGCUCAGAUGGCAAGGUGGUGACGCCGGACUGUCUUGUAGAAGCUGGAGCCCAGAGAGGAGCCCUACAAAGAGGCACGCCCGCCAAAAGAGUUUUAGGAGAGGCCGUGAGGGUGAACACGGGUUUGAGGCAAAGGCUUGGAUGGAGGAAAAGCCCAACUCCGCCAAGCGCACGCGCGCUCCAGGGCGGAUAGGGGAGGAGCCUUACUUCGCUCUUGGGUCCCGCCCCCAAACAAAUAUUUGACAUUCCAGGCUUAUCUAGAGGCUAACUGGACCCGCAGAGCGAAGUUUCCCCCUCCCGCAGGGCCUGAUUGGCCUAGCGCUUCCGUCGUCGGAACCAGCCGGCAGGCGCCGGAGUGGGCUGUCCGGAAAGGGGCGGAUACCCGCCUAUACCAGAGGAAGCGCUCGUCACCCGAAGCCGCUGGAAAAUCUGUUUGUUUCCUACUCCCGGCGCAAAUCACUUCCGUGCUGGGCACGUCGGUCUCUUUAUCCGUUAAGUAGGGAUGCGCGGAAGUGUGGGUUUAAUGGGCAAGGCCUCGGAAGCGCCUGUCCACCCCGGGCUCUUUCUCCAUCGUCUGAACGUCCGGACGCUGCGCCCAGCUUUUCCGAAAGCGCUAGGUGCGGCUCCCGCCUCAGUUUCCGCGCGGCCUUGGCGCAAGCCCACGUCCUUUCCUCCCGCCAUACUCUUCAGUUUCUCAAUCAUAUAAACGGGGAGCACUUAGCGAAGUCCAGGGCGGCCUGGAAAUGCGCCGUAAAGGAGCCCCACCAAGCACGACGGGGCGAAAGGGUGUUGGAGGUCCUCCACGCGGGGCUGCCCUUACUGGGUUGCUGGUCUCGGAUGGAGAAGAGAUGGAGGAUCUGCAGCCCGCACGCGCACAGUACACCUUCGCCGCUAGCCCCCACCCGCCGGCGCGCUCACAUCUCCAGAGGUCAGGAGGGGAGGGCGACGAAAACAGGCAGCAGUUUCCACGUGGGGUAACCCCGAACAUUAGGCUUACCCCCGUCGGGAGUGGCGCUCUCUGGAGUCGGAGCGGGCGCGCUUUCUGCUUCCCCAGCACCGAGGCCUGCACACCACCUAGUGUUCGGCACUGCGGGCAGGUCUUCCCACGUGUGUGGACGAGCCCUGCCCCGUGACCUCUACUCCCCCAUUCCCAUGGCUCUAAGAACCUCUGCUGAUCCCCGACCCUCCCCCUAAUACACUUGGCCUCUGGUGACCACCCCCGCACAGGCCUCUGGGUGAUAUCCCGUAAUUCACCUCCCUGUUAGGUGACUUCUGUCACCCCCCGACCGGCCGUCAUGACCCCCCCCACAGCCCCUAUACUGCCUCCUGGUGAUUAUCACAAAUCCCGUGUGACCCCUGUUUUUGCACUGUUCUUGGCGCAGGCCUCAUGGUGGGAAGGGACAGAGAGUAGAACGACACCGAAUCAGGCGAAGCCCUUUGACGGAAUGGGAGGCCGGGCCGUGAGCGCGUACCCAGACCGGGCGUCUGAGCAGGCACGCGCUGGUCUAGGUUAUAGCAGCCUUCCCCGCUGUUCCCCCGGCUGCCCUCGGUCACGUGGCCCGCGGGGCCGACAGGUAACUCGCCGGGAGAGGGCGGGGGCCAGUAGCCGCCCCGCCCCACGGGGCGCCGCGGGCGGGUCUCAGCAGCGCCCACAGCGCCAGCCGGGCCGCAGGUGCCGCCCCCGACACACGGUGUCCCGCCCAAGCUGAUUCGUGUCUGCCGUCGGCCGGUGCGUGCGUGCGCCUCGUCGGUCCGCGUGUGUCUGCCCGAGCGCCCCCCUUCCUCUGCGGCCAUGACUCCGCCGCCUCCCCAGCCACCGCCCCCGGGCCCGAACCCCACCUCAGACUCUGCCGCCGACCCCCGCCCCGGGCCCGGACCCCUGGUCGUACUGUUCGGAGCCACGGCCGGUGCGCUGGGGCCGGACCUCGGUUCCGAUGAGACCGACUUGAUCCUCUUAGUCUGGCAAGUGGUGGAGCCGCGGAGUCGUCAGGUGGGGACGUUGCACAAGUCAUUGGUUCGCGCCGAGGCGGCCGCACUGAGCCCGCAGUGCCGCGAGGCGAGCGGCCUGAGCGCCGACAGCUUGGCGCGGGCCGAGCCGCUGGACAAGGUGCUGCAGCAGUUCUCACAGCUGGUGAGCGGGGAUGUGGCUCUGCUAGGUGGGGGCCCCUACAUGCUAUGCACUGAUGGGCAGCAGCUGCUGAGACAGGUCCUGCACCCCGAGGCCUCCAGGAAGAACCUGGUGCUCCCCGACACCUUCUUCUCCUUCUUCGACCUCCGCAGAGAGUUCCAUGUGCAGCACCCAAGCACCUGUCCUGCCAGGGAGCUCACCGUGGCCACCAUGGCACAGGACUUGGGGCUGGAGACAGAUGCCACAGAGGAUGACUUUGGGGUCUGGGAAGUGAAGACAAUGGUAGCUGUCAUCCUCCACCUGCUCGAAGAGCCCAGUGGUCAAUUGUUUUCGAAGGCAGAGGUGGUAAAGCAGAAAUACGAGACAGGCCCUUGCAAGGCCGAUGUGGUGGACAGUGAGACCGUGGUUCGGGCCCGUGGGUUGCCCUGGCAGUCGUCAGACCAGGAUGUGGCUCGGUUCUUCAAAGGACUCAACAUUGCCAGGGGUGGUGUCGCCCUCUGCCUCAACGCCCAGGGCCGCAGAAAUGGCGAGGCCCUCAUCCGCUUUGUGGACAGCGAGCAGCGGGACCUAGCGCUGCAGAGACACAAGCACCACAUGGGCGUCCGCUAUAUCGAGGUAUACAAAGCAACAGGAGAGGAGUUUGUGAAGAUCGCGGGGGGCACAUCACUAGAGGUGGCUCGUUUCCUGUCGCGGGAAGACCAGGUGAUACUGCGGCUGCGGGGACUGCCCUUCUCGGCUGGGCCGGAGGACGUGCUGGGCUUUCUGGGGCCCGAGUGCCCGGUGACUGGGGGUGCUGACGGGCUGCUGUUUGUGCGCCACCCUGACGGCCGGCCCACCGGUGAUGCCUUUGCCCUCUUCGCCUGUGAGGAGCUGGCGCAGGCUGCGUUGCGCAGGCACAAGGGCAUACUGGGUAAGCGAUACAUCGAACUUUUCCGGAGCACUGCGGCUGAGGUGCAACAGGUCCUGAACCGCUAUGCAUCCAGCCCACUCCUUCCCACACUCACCGCUCCCCUGCUCCCCAUCCCCUUCCCACUGGCAGCGGGGACUGGGAGAGAUUGUGUGCGCCUUCGAGGCCUGCCCUAUACAGCCACCAUUGAAGACAUCCUGAGCUUUCUGGGGGAGGCAGCUGCUGACAUCCGGCCCCACGGGGUGCACAUGGUGCUCAACCAGCAGGGUCGGCCCUCAGGCGACGCUUUCAUCCAGAUGACAUCAGCAGAGCGGGCCCUAGCUGCUGCCCAGCGUUGCCAUAAGAAAGUGAUGAAGGAACGCUAUGUGGAAGUGGUCCCCUGCUCCACGGAGGAGAUGAGCCGUGUGCUAAUGGGGGGUACCUUGAGCCGCAGUGGCAUGUCCCCUCCACCCUGCAAGCUGCCCUGCCUCUCACCACCUACCUACGCCACCUUCCAGGCCACCCCAACACUCAUCCCGGCUGAGACGGCCGCCUUGUAUCCCUCUUCAGCACUGCUCCCGGCUGCCAGGGUGCCUGCUGCCCCUACCCCUGUUGCCUACUACCCAGGGCCAGCCACUCAACUCUACAUGAACUACACAGCUUACUACCCCAGCCCCCCAGUGUCCCCGACCACUGUGGGCUACCUCGCCACACCCUCUGCUGCCCUGGCUUCUGCUUCCACCUCAGUGUUGUCCCAGCCAGGAGCCCUGGUCCGUAUGCAGGGUGUCCCAUAUACAGCUGGUAUGAAGGAUCUACUCAGCGUCUUCCAGGCCUAUCAGUUAGCCCCUGAUGACUACACCAGUUUGAUGCCUGUUGGUGACCCGCCCCGAACUGUGCUACAGGCCCCCAAAGAGUGGGUGUGUUUGUAGGUGAGGGAGCCAGGAGGUAAGAGCUGGCUAACGUCUGUCAUGUCUCUCUUGGCAUCCAGAGAACCAGUACCCUCAACCAGGUGGCUCCUUCCUGGGCUUGUCAAAGCUCUCAGCACCUAGAAUGAGCUCAAGCCCCAGCUCCAUCUCCCACUUGUUGCUCUGCCUGUUUACCCCAAAGAUGACGGCUGGACCCUAUAUGCAGGGCUGGGGGUGGAAUGGUGUUACCCUGCUCCCAGUGGCCUGAUCUGGGCCUCCUGAAUACCACCAUGAGAUCCUUCGAUCUGUUUGGCCAUGGUCCGUACCCAGAUUCUGUGGGGCUGAUGUCCACAGCAGGCACGCUUGCUUUUUAAAAAUGUAAGCCCUGGUGCCUUCAAUGUAUGACUCCUGGGAGCUUCUGAGUAAAGAUCCCAAUAUUCUGCUUUCCCUUUCCCUUCUGGUAGGGGGCAGGGAGGCGGAGAAUGCUGGCCCCAGCCCCUGGAAUACCUGACCCUUAGUGGCCACAUUGUGCCAUGGGUCCAAGGACGCUAGCUCUCCUCCAACUUGGCAUAAGGACUAUGAGUGGCAAAAGCACAGACUGUUUUGACCGACUGCACUGCAGUAUCCCCAGAGGACACUAGGGGGCAGGAGGCCUUCACACAAAAACUCAGGCCUGAAUUUUAAAGGGGACUUACUGCCUACUUUUCAUGCACACCUUGGGCAGGCCAGUUGUCCUGAACUCAGUAGACAUCGUGGAAUGUCCUUUGCACCCAUUAGAGGGUACAGAACUGAAGCUUCGGAAGGAAUGUGGAACUCUACUCACUCCUCCGUAAAAUAAACAAAGGUUCCUAACCAAGUGGACUUUUAAAAGCCAAAGUGCCUUUAGCUGCUUUGGACUCCCGAGUGUGGGGCUCCACACCUGCCCCAGGGAGAGGAAAACUCAGGCAGAUUUCAAGGACAGUGUUAACCUGUCACCGCUUAUUACUUCAGCCCUGUAACUGAGGAACCUGAAUUGCUGGCUCUUCCCUUUGUUACUUGUGUAAGGAGCACUGUACUCCUAUAAAAGGUUUUAAAGUACAAAAUGUGUAAGAAAACACAAUCCCAAGUGCUGUAAACAUAACAGAGAACCAAUUCCUUAACUGUACGUCGCCCAUUUUAUAAAAUACAAGGUUUCAAUUGAA